UCACACUGUCCUGCAGUUUCUGUCCUGCACAAACAGACUUAUUGCGCGGUGAAGACCCAGACACUCACAUGUAAAAAAAUGAAGUCCACGUUUUUCUUCUUUUUCAUCAUUUGGUUUGCAGAUGCAGAGCUGAAACCCCGGAAAGGUUCCCGGGUGGUAUGCACUUUCAAAGACAAGACAUACAGCCCAGGAGACAGCUGGCAUCCCUAUCUGGAGCCCUUUGGAUUCAUGUUCUGCAUGCGCUGUGUCUGCACAGAGACAGGCCAUGUGAAAUGUAACACGAUCAAGUGUCCUGCUCUGCCCUGCGAAAACCCAGUAGCAGAGCCUCAGCAGUGUUGUCCGAGAUGCACAGAUGAGCCCAGGAUCCCUGCAGGGCUGAGAGCUUCAGUGAAGUCCUGCAGGUACAACGGAAGUGUUUAUCAGCCGGGGGAGACCUUCACCAAGCUCGACCUCUUCCCAUCCAAGCAGAGCAAUCAGUGUGUCAUGUGCACAUGCUCUAAUGGAAAUAUCUUCUGUGGUUUGAAAACCUGCCAACCAAUCACCUGCUCCUCUCCAUUCUCAGUCCCAGAUACCUGCUGUCUGGUGUGUAGAGAUCAUAGCACGAGUGGCUCCUCAUCAACUGAGGAGGGGAACCAGCAGCUGAACAGAGGCGUUAGGCACUCAGUCGAUCAGUGCUCAGGAGAGCUGAGCAGGGCGCGGUUCGACCGUGCCACUCCACCCAGGGUCAGGGCUUCUCCCAGAGGCCUCGGUAAACUCAACCUAAAAGGAGCUUCAGAGACCACCGUGAAGAUUUUGUUGCAGAGGAAACACCAAAGAGCGUGUUCCUACAAUGCUAAGACGUACUCUCAUGGAGACAUGUGGCACCCAGUUUUGGGUAAGGUCCUGGAAUGCAUCCUGUGCACUUGUACUGAUGGCCUCCAGGACUGCAAACGCAUCACGUGUCCCAGCCAGUACCCAUGCCAACAUCCUAUGAAAUCAGCAGGAAAGUGCUGCAAGACUUGUCCAGAACGUAAAGCUGAACGUAACCAGACCCAGUGUCAUAUCGGACCUAAAAGCAACGUCUUGGUGUAUAAAGUAGAGUCACUGUUGAAAGUGGAUCCACCCAACGCAGUCAAGAUCAUUGCUGUGGAAAGACAAAGUACUGCUGAGGUCGAAGUGCAAGUAUGGAAGACUCUAGAAGGUGUUUUAGAACUAAUAGAUAUCGGUGACGUUCAGAGAAGGAAUAUUGUGGAUAAUCCAGGAAAUUACACAUUACUGACAACACUUAAUGAAGAGACGUGGAGAAAGUUUAAAGAGGAGGAAGAACAUUUGAGUACAGCUCCUCUCACCACAAUUUGUGAAGACGGCAUUCGGGAGAUGGUGACUUUCUUAAAUCCCAAGCAGACAGAAGACGUAUGCCCACCCUGAAGGAUUGUUUACUCCCUUGACACUCUUUGUAUCGAUGUACCGAAUAACUACAUGGUUAACAUACAGUAAAUACUUUAUCCUUACAUGUUGCACUCCGAUGUCCUGCGUCGUUUCUGUAUUACAUGUUGAAUUUCUCAAUUAUAAUAUUGUUUACCUAUUAAAACGUUGUUGUCAGUCGUGAUUUUAACCAUCACAGAUAUUGUAUAAGUACAUAAUUAGGUUUCAAAACACAGCUGGCAGAUAGUUCUGACACCUGUCGUGAUUAAAAUGUGACCAGGUUUUGUGGAGUAUAGUGAUGGCCUCAGUGUGCAUCUAUUGAAUGAUUGAAGACCUUUCUGGAUCAGCAUUUUUCAAACAAACUCUUUGCUAUAAACAUAUGAAAAUAAUUGUAGGCCUCUGUUCAAAAUGUAAAGGCUGUUAUAUGAUUAUCAACAUAUUUAUUGUUAAUACAAACAGAGUUUUGUCACCUUAUUUAAAAUGUAUUGUUUUUUGUGUGAUUUCUGUAUAUACAUUUGAAUAUUUCCUUUUUUUUUUUGCAUGUUAUUUGGGUUUGAUCUGUCAGCCAAUACACGGCUGUGUCGAAGCUGUUUAUUUUAAGCGAGAAAAACAGCCUUCUCCUAAUCCUUCAGAUGUGAAAAUAAAGACAUUGAGUAGCUAUUU